AUCUAUCAAAACAACAGCUGUCAACAUUUUUCAGUUCCUCACUUCCUGCGAUUAUUUAACACCACAAAAUCUUAAAACUUAAAUCGCUGAAGAACUGAAGAAUGGCUGUAAGAAUUCUAACAAGACUGGUAUUGCCAGAGAUAAAAGGCGCAGCGUUCGCCAGCUCUGCAGCAGCACCGGCAACUUUAUCCGACUUCGAUGUACAGCAUAAAACUCCAGUAAUCAGGAAGCAAAAGCUGAUUCCUAAAGCGCAGUAUGGUGGUCGGCACGCUGUUACCAUGUUACCUGGUGGAGGUAUCGGACCGGAGUGCAUGGGAUACGUUAGAGACAUUUUCAAAUAUAUUGGUGCACCAGUUGACUUUGAGGUAGUUGACAUUGACCCAAAUGUUGAUAAUGAUGAUGAUGUGCAGUAUGCUAUCACAACAAUAAAGAGAAAUGGUGUUGGCCUUAAGGGUAACAUUGAAACAAAGAGUGAAGCCGCAUAUGUGACAUCACGCAAUGUCGCACUUCGUAAUGAACUGGAUAUGUAUGCAUAUGUACUCAACUGCAAAUCCUUCCCUGGAGUGUCUACAAGACACAAGGAUAUUGAUAUCACCAUUAUCAGACAAAACACAGAGGGUGAAUAUGCUAUGUUGGAGCAUGAGUCAGUGCGUGGUGUUAUUGAGUCCAUGAAGGUUGUGACUGCCAGCAACUCGGAGCGAGUCGCACGUUUUGCAUUUGAAUUUGCUAAGAAGAAUGGAAAGAAGAAGGUGACGACCGUCCACAAGGCGAAUAUAAUGAAAUUAUCAGACGGUUUGUUCUUGGAGACAUCGCGCCGCCUCGCCAAGGAGUACCCGGAGAUUGAGCACAAUGACAUGAUCAUUGACAACUGCUGCAUGCAACUUGUGGCUAAACCGCACCAGUUUGAUGUGAUGCUAAUGACUAACUUGUAUGGCUCCAUUGUAUCCAAUGUCGUGUGUGGCUUGCUGGGAGGAGCUGGUCUGCUCUCCGGCAGGAACUAUGGCGACCAUUAUGCUGUGUUUGAACCCGGCACUAGGAAUACUGGUACCGCGAUCGCUGGUAAGAACGUAGCGAACCCAAUAGCGAUGAUCAAUGCCUCAAUCGACAUGCUGGAGCACCUGGGUCAUCACUACCACGCGGAGCUGCUGAGGCGCGCUGUUCACCGCACCGUCAACGAGGACCGCGUGCUGACGCCUGACUGCGGCGGUACCGCCUCCUCCACUGAUGUCGUCAACUCCAUCAUAGGUAACAUCGGUCACGUCGGUCACUAGAUCACAAAAUACAUAUGCUUUACAAGUUGCGAUAGUUGCCCGCUAGAUAGCGUUGUAAUUCGCGUUGUAAUUAAUUA